AUGAUGGCUUCUUUAAAAGUUCUUCUAGUUGGUGAUAACCCUAAUAUUAUAUUAUUAGCAUCUAGAUUCCAAUUGGCCGAUAGUGUAGAUCUUUAUCACGUUAGUGAUUUAGAUUCGAAUCAAUAUGAAAUCGAGAGUUAUUCCUAUGGUUUAGAAACAUUCCAAUUAACAAAUCAUUUCAAUUCAAUAAAUCAAUUAAUUCAAAAUACAAACAAAAAUGUGCUUUUUGAUUUAAUUAUUCUUAGUGCCAUCUCUUUACAACAACUAUCUACGAUUUCUUCUCAAUUAUUACCUUUAAUAACUAAUAGUACAAAAAUAUUUGUUGAAAGUACAGGAAGUGUCCAAUUGGAACCAUUUGUUAGAAUGUCCAUUAAUUCUAAUCAUAAGAUUAAUGUAUUAAGUAUUAUAUCAGAUUUUGAAAUUCGUCAUAUUAAAUCUGUUGAUACUGAUAAAAGAAUAAAUGUAUUCAAACAAUUUGGUGCAAAAGGCAAACAAAAUACAAUUUAUUUAGGUGACAGCAGUUCUAAAAAUUAUAGUUCCACAACACAAAAUUUAUUGAAUACUUUUGAAAGAUUAUUUAAAAAACUAUUCCCAAAGGAAUCAAUAAAUUUAUGCAACUUUUCUUCUAAACAAUUCUUAAAAGUUCAAUGGGAGCUAUCUUUAACACAAAUAUGUUUUGAUCCACUUUUAAUUAUGUUAGAAGAAGCUAACCCUCAAAAUUUACCUAAUUUGAUUUUAGCUAAACCUUUGAUAUCUGGUUUAGUCUCUGAAGUGAUUACUUUAAUUAAUAAAAUGGGUAUAGAGUUAAAUCCUUCAAUGAAUAGCGAAUCCAAUCUCUUGAACUAUUGGCAAUCAUUAUAUUCAGAUGAGAUGCCACCAUUAGUAUAUAAUUUUAUCAAUAAAACAUCUCCAUUGAAUAUUGAUUUAAUUUGGUUACAAAUUAUAUUACUUGCAGAUGAUCAAAAUAUUAAAACCCCAUAUUUGGAAUUUUUAUAUUCUAUGAUGUCACAAAUUCAAAAGAUUAAUAAUGGUGAAUCUAAAUGGUUUACAAGAAAUUCAACUAAUAUUAAAGAAUCUAAAAACAACAAAAGUGAUGAAAUUAUUAAUGAUUUAAAGAUUAAAAAUAACACGUUAGAAAAAGAGAUAAGUCAAUUGAAAGAAAAUUUGAAAUCCAAGAAUAAUCAAAUAAAUGAAAAUAAUGUUAGCAUAGAACAAUUGAGAGAGCAGUUGAAAUUAAUUAAUAAGGAUCAUAUUAUAACUGUUAAUAAUUAUGAGUCCCAGAUUCAGAAACUAAAUUAUCAAAUAAAUGAAUUAGGUUUGAACCAAGGUGUGAAUGACAACAAUCCAAGUAUUAAUAACAAAAAGGUUGUUACAACGAAUAACAAUGAUAAUAGUAAUAGUAAUAUGGGUCAUGGUGAUGGAAACAAAGUUGUUAAUAGGAAUUUGGAAAAUGCACAAAACUUUUCAAAUGGGUAUAAAGCUACUGGUACUCCAAAUUUGAAUGAUUUACAAGAUAUGGCUAUUUUUGGUGUUUCAUAUGGUGAUUCCCCGAUAAGAAACAUGAAUACUUCUAAAAAUAACGACCAGCAGGAGCAGCAACAACAACAACAAUCCAUAAGUUCUAAUGUUAUUUCUUCCUCACAAAAUAUAAAUGCAAAUGGUGGUGAAUCAAGUACAUCACUAAAUAAGAUGGAAGAAAGUAGAACCUUACAAGAACGUGAAUUAGAUUUAAAAAGAAAAGAAUUAGAGCUACAGGAACGUGAGUUAGAGUUACAAAGAAGAGCACUACAACAGCAACAAUAUGCCGGUAGAAAACAUAAUAUGAUUAUGUCUAAUAGUCAGUUACCUCCUCAAACAAGUAAUCAAAUUAUUUCCAGAAAUCAACCAUUGAAUCAAGUCCCACAACAAACUCACAUAUCUAACAUGCGUCAAAGUAGAGGUAUAUAUGGAGCUAGCUCUGCUUCUGUUUCCGCACUUAAUUUUAAUGAACCGAUUUCAUCAGGUAUGGCAUACAGUGGUAAUUUGAUACAACCACAACAAGCACAAUCGCAACAGCAACAGCAACAACCAUUUUUACACACGAUCAAACCAACAAGUAGGAAAAACAGAGCAAGUAAUAUGCUAAAUCUCCGUAAUCCUUCAAGUACUAAUAUAAACGCCUUCCAAAACAAUAUGAUAAAUAAUGCUCCCCCUUCUGUUAAUAGUCAAAGUAGAUUAAACUCAUUAUCAAGUCAGAGCAUGAAUUUUCAAACACGUAUGAGAAAUACGCAACAACAGCCGCAACAAAAUAUCCAUAGUGCAUCAUUCAAUAAUUUGAACUCCACAGUGCGUGCGAAUACAUUGCAACAUGUUCCAGCUAAUUUUAAUCAACAACAAUUGCAACAACGGCAAAUUAGUACUUCCUCUGCGGACGUGGAUAAUCUUGGGAAUGUUUCUAUGAACUCAGUAGUGCAAACUCAACUUCGUCCUGUUGGAACGACUUCUAAUGUUAAAGUAAUACCUAAUUUUCAAAAACAACAACAGGAGCCAAGUCCUCAACAUAACCAAAACGAACUACAUACCCAACAGUCUUCUAGUGUACCAAUCCAAUUGAAGACACCUUCAUUACCACCAAGUGUGUCUAAUGUUGUAGAAUCAUCACCAGCUUCAUUUACUAGCAAUAAUACAUCUCAGAGUGUUGAGAGUGGCAAAAGUAAGAAAAAGAAAUUUGGCUUAUUUAAGAAGAAAGCUAAAAAAUAG